AUGGUGGUCAGUCAGUCAGUCGUUGGUCGUGCCAACGCCGAGAAGCCUCAUGGCUUGGCGGGUAUGCUCAAGAAUCCGUACGUUUUUGGUACGUGUGCGUUUGCCUCUCUUGGCUGCAUCAUGUAUGGCUAUGAUCAGGGUGUCAUGAGUCCGGUCCUGGUCAUGGAGAACUUUGAGAACCAUUUCCCGUACUUUAUGGGCUCCACUAUUCAGGGUUGGUUGGUGUCGGCUUUGGAAUUGGGUGCUUGGGCGGGGGCCCUCUUCAAUGGGUAUCUUGCCGAUAGGAUCUCGAGGAAGUAUUCUAUGAUGGUGGCGGUGGUGAUCUUCACGUUGGGAUCGGGGCUGCAGGCUGGGGCUCAGAAGCCGUCGUAUUUCUUUGCGGGGAGAAUUAUUGGUGGUAUUGGGAUUGGGAUGUUUAGUCAGGUCAUUCCUCUGUAUCAAGCAGAAAUCGCACCUCCCGAGCUUCGAGGCUCUCUGGUAUCUCUACAGCAGCUAUCCAUCACGAUCGGCACAUCGAUCGCCUUCUGGCUCGACUAUGGAAUGCAAUACGUCGGCGGCACGACCUGCAACCCCGAAGGCAUCGACAACCCCUACCUCUCCGACGGCACCUACAACGCAGCCCAAAACCACGGCCACACCUGUCUCGGACAGAAAACCAUCGCAUGGCGUCUACCCCUAGCCCUGCAGAUCCUAUUUGCCUGGAUCCUCUUCUUCGGAAUGUUCUUCUUCCCCUUCUCCCCUCGCUGGCUGAUGUCCAAACACCGCGAAGAAGAAGCCACCGCCGCGCUGUCCAAACUCCGAAGACUGCCCCCGAAUGAUCCCCUUCUGCGGGCAGAGAUCCUGGAAAUCAAAGCCGCUGUGCUCUUCGACGAGGAAUCCGAAGAAGAAGCCAUUCGUUCAGGUGGAAAACUUGCCCCCUGGAAGGCACUUUUCGCUCCGAAUAUGCUGAAACGUUUGGUUUUGGGAUGCGGAACAAUGAUCUGCCAACAAUUCACCGGCAUCAACGCAGUCCUCUACUACGCGCCCCAAAUCUUCGCCUCCUUCGGCUUCUCCUCCACCAAACAAACCCUCCUCGCCACCGGCGUCACCGGCAUCCUCCAAAUCAUCUUCACCUUGCCUGCUGUCCUCCUACUCGACAAAUUCGGUCGCAAGACAUUCCUCAUCGCCGGCGCUACGGGCAUGUUCUUAUGCCAUAUUGUCGUCGCUAUCGUGGAGGGCUUGUACGAAGAUAACUGGAACAAGAAUGAAGGGUUGGAUAAACCCCAGGGUUGGGUCGCUAUUACCUUCAUUUGGCUGUUUGCGGUCAAUUUUGCUUAUUCGUGGGGUCCGGUAGCAUGGGUUCUCGCGCAAGAAAUCUUCCCCAACAGUACCCGCUCCCGAGGCGUCUCCAUCGUGGCAUCCACAAACUGGAUGUUUAAUUUUGUGAUUGGACUCACUACCAAAGACAUGCUUAACUCGAUGAAAUACGGGACGUAUAUCUUCUUUGCAAUUUUCAGUGCCCUGGGAGGAUUGUUUAUUUGGAGGUUUGCGCCUGAGACCAAGGAUAAGACGCUCGAGGAGUUGGAUAUUUUCUUUGGCGGCGGGAUGGAUAGUAUUGCGGAGAAGGAUCGGGUCAGGAUGCAGAGGAUUAAUGAGAGGUUGGGUCUUGCGGGGAUGCAGGAGGUGGGGGACUUGGAUGUGGGGGAGAAGGGGGAUGUUAAGGGGGAGGUUGUUGAGAUGUAG